AUGAUGGGUCGAGAUGAGCGACUUCGAUUGAUGACGUGCUUAUUCGAAGAGAUCACUGAGUCAGAAGAGGAAGAGGAUAAUCAGAUCCUAGAACGAAUUUCACCCGAGGGGCAUUCGCCGUUUGCAGUCAUAGAUGAAUCGCCGUUUGCCGAACGGCGCGUAGCCUCUCCGCAGAACCGUAGCCCUACCUACGCGAGAAAACUCGGUGCACCCCGACUAUGUCGUGGCUUAUCGGAUCCGGGCUUACGUCGUCCAGAAGUAUCAACUAUGCUUGAAACUUCGAGUCCGGAUCUACGUGAUAAUGGAUCGGCCUUGUUGACCCUACCACCCAUCCCCGAAACAGCCUCAUUUUGA